AAAUAGCUUAUGCGGAGAAUUAAUGUACAAAUACGACCUCCAAUGCCCAGGAGAAAAUGUCCUCUUGUGAGGAAGAGAAAAAAAGAUGCGUUCAAUUACCCAUUUCUUCAUCCGGUGUUAGAUCUUCUAAGAUCGUUAUGGUAUCUACCUGGUUGUGGUUUCGAGGCUGAGUUUAUUCUUUGGCGAUUGACCACAUUUCAUCACUAUAGUCGGCCGAAUUUUAGUCCUCGUUGCAAGUAUCUGCGCAAAAGCGACGCCGCUCCGCAGGAAAGAGAUAUAUGGCUAUCAUCGGAGCAAUAUUAGGGGCGAUUGUGGUCGCUGCUGUAGCGGUGGGCGGGCUGUUUUUUCUCUACAAAAGGCGAAUAUGGAACCGCAUCCACAGAGACGUGGAAGAGCGCCUCGUCGUCUCUUGGUGCCCGCCUCCUCCGUACGAAAUGAAUGAGCAACCGCAGAAUACGACGACAAGAAGGCCUUUGGGUGACUUGAUUCGAAAUAUAACCACGAAGAUGACCCGAUCGAGAACAAGCCAGAGGUCUGGAUCUUCCGAAAUGCCAUCUAGAUCCGGAAGUGUGGAUGAUAGUAUUUACCAGCCUCUUCCUCCCUAUUAUGAAGCUACCCUGCCUACUUCUGAGCCUGUGGGACAAGUGCAGCAACCAGUUCAUCUCAUUCCUCCCCCCUUUUCCCAAUCCAGUAUACCAGUGUCGGCUGUUUUCCGUCCACCAUCUCCAUCUCAUUUCGCUCCGAACAAUGGCCCACGUAAGGAACCCGUCGAUCCGUCAUCCACACCUCCUGGUAUAGGGCAUCAACUUCUUACGCGGCUGAAGCUCGUGCUUCCAAGGUUGAGCACGAAUGUCUGAAAGAGAGAGACGGAAUUAGUUGUGUCGGAUAUUCAUUGCCAUGGAUCUGACGCGCUGUGGAUAUAUAUGUUCCGUUCUCUGGUGCUCUGAAGGGAAAUGAUAUAACGUGUCACUGUCGUUUCCAGCGUGUUGCUUUGGGUUAUCAAUUUGGCUGGAGUUAUGGCGUUCUUCAUUUUAGCCCAUCUUUUAAGACAUUUUGAUAAUUUCCCUGGCAUUUGAAUUUUAGUUCUUUUAUAUUACUUUGUGAAAAGAGGGUAGCCAUACCUACGUAUAUCGCCAGAGCAGCCUCAAUGAAUCCCUACAACGUCUAGGGUAUUGAAAUAUCCGACGAGAAUACCGGGUACUG